UUUCUUGCUAGUGCUUACAGAAUAGGUCGAUCGUUGGAACUUGGAGCCGGCUCAAUUUUUUCAGUUUAAAUCAGCUAAACAAGUAAGCUUUAUUUAGAUUAUAAUUCAUCAAUUCCCCCAUACAUCCUUUGGAAAUCAUUCAGAAUGGUUUUAGGCCAAAUUCUACGCAGCACUUUCCAAAAAGUUAUCGGAAUCACUCCUUAUGGGUCUACACCAACCAGUUUUUUAACACCGUCAGCAUUAAACUCGUGGUCUAUUGACUUGGUUCGCACAAAAACACGUCAUCAUUUUCCUCGACCCAAUGAAGCAAAACGUAUUAAAAAACAUGGUUGGUGGACAAGAAUGGCGACAAAAGAGGGACGCAGAGUACUGCAGCGCAGAAUACUCAAAGGACGAUAUGUCCUCAGUCAUUAAUCUUAAUUUUGUUACUCAUGUUAAAAUAAUUAAUAGUUAGUUUGUUCUCAUCGUGUUUUAUGGACUAAAAUAAAAUUUUUAAAAAAGAAUUAUAACCAA